CUUUAAGUUCAACGCUUUAUACUGAAGCCAUUGUUCAGAAAUACAUCCAGAAAUAACACCUGGUAUUUACCUUAAAGGCACAAUGUCUAAAAUAUUCUGCUGUUAAGGUUCUCAAUUAAUGAUAAAAUGGUCACCCAUUGAUUCUUGAAGAAUAUAACUAAUAAAUGCUACAUGAGCUUAAUAUAAUUGUGUUACCCUUUCUUAACCAAAAAUGUGUGUUGCAGGUAAUGACGUGGCUCAGGUUUGACCCCGGAGAUGCCGAAGAGACGAGACAUUCUGGCCAUCGUGUUGAUCGUGUUGCCUUGGACGCUACUUAUCACUGUUUGGCAUCAGAGUGCCAUCACCCCUCUGCUAGCUGCUCGAAAGUGUAAAGGUCAUUCCUCAAAUUCCCCAUGUAGGGGGUUUUAUGAUGACAGACAUGAGAGUCGGCGAGACUCCCGGAACACCUUCACCCUCAAGGAGCCCUGCACCUCAGAGAACAACAAGGACAUUGUGGAGGUUGUGCGCACCGAGUACGUCUACAGCCGCCAGCCGCCCUGGUCUGAUGUCCUCCCCACCCUCCACGUCAUAACCCCAACCUACAGCCGGCCGGUCCAGAAGGCAGAGCUGACCCGUCUGGCCAACACCUUCCUCCACGUGCCCAACCUGCACUGGAUCCUGGUUGAGGACUCUCAGCGACAAACCCUGCUAGUCACCAGGCUCCUUCAGGAAACAGGCCUGAACUACACCCACCUUAAUGUGGAGACACCCAGGAACUAUAAGCUGCGUGGGGACAUGAGGGACCCCAGGAUACCCCGGGGAACCAUGCAGAGGAACCUGGCUCUGCGCUGGCUUAGAGAGACCUUCAGCCCCAACAACAGCAACAGCCAGCCUGGUAUCGUCUACUUUGCAGACGAUGAUAACACCUAUAGUCUGGAUCUGUUUGAGGAGAUGCGUUCAACAAGGAAGGUGUCUGUGUGGCCUGUAGCCUUUGUGGGCGGCCUGCGGUACGAGUCCCCUAAAGUCAAUACCCUGGGCAAGGUUUACGGCUGGAAGACUGUGUUUGACCCCAACCGACCCUUUGCCAUAGACAUGGCUGGGUUUGCGGUGAACCUCCGCCUCAUUCUCUUUAAGCCUCAGGCCUACUUCAAGCUGCGGGGAGUCAAGGGAGGGUACCAGGAGAGCAGCUUACUGCGGGAGCUGGUCACCCUCAGUGACCUGGAGCCCAAGGCUGCUAAUUGCACUAAGGUACUUGUGUGGCACACGAGGACAGAGAAGCCUGUCCUGGUGAACGAGGGAAAGAAAGGAUUUACGGACUCCAACGUGGAGAUAUGAAACUUAUUUUGGAUCACAGGUUAUAUAUGGCUGGGAUUCCAAAUGGACUGGCAGAAGACAAGCUCCAGGCAAGCAGGAUCAGGGUGAAAUAUAUAUUUACUGUAAUACGACUGUAAAGGGAGUAAGACAGCCUUAUUGUCUACUACAAGCAGUACACAGCUACGUAUCAAUACAGGCAUAGAAUAUCAAAGCACAGAUUCAUGGAGGAUGGUGAUACUGUAUCUAGCUAAGCGCUUUACUGAUGCAUCAAUGGAAGAUGCCCACAAGGAGCUUGCCAGUCGCCAGAGUGCAACUUAAACAAAAGACUGUCGGCGGUUCAAACAACAGGAUGGCUUCACACAGUGGUCAACAGGAAGCGGCCUUAACCCAGCUGACACAAACCAACAUGAUCGUAACCAGGCACUGGACCAAACUGAAUCAAUCAGGGGCCCCGAAUGGCUUUUGUCUGUUGGUGAUUAGAGCGGACUGUACUUGGGGUGCAGAACAGAGCUGGAUAAAGUAGUUCUUGUCUGACUGGAGUCAGCAUUGACUGACAGACUGAUCUGGAAAGGACAUGAACCCUUCCCACGGCCCAUUGUAAAACACUGAGCUAUUCAGACAGCUCUGCUCCCUCAAACCUAUCACUAAUUAGAACACGUCUCACACACAUACACGUCUGUACACAAACAUCCGCACGCAUACACGCACAGAGUAAUCAGUGUAGGAACAAUGAUUUAGCAUAAUCCCCGUACUGUAAUGCCAGCUUUUAUUUGCUGUUGCAUCUUUUACUGAUCAUAUAACACUAUAUCAGCACUUUCAGAUCAGGGUCUGUUGUCUGUUACAGUUUCUCAAUCACGUACAAGCAUUUUUUUUAACAAUCGUCUUUCAAAACAGAGUUCACAAGACAGAACUCUGUGGCUUUUCGCAAAACAGUAAAUGGUUGCCUUACCAAAAUGUAUUUGCCUUCUCAAAUUAUAAAUACAUUAAAUCAAAACUAAAAUUGUACAUUCAAAAUUGCUAAUAAAUUGCUAAUAAAAAACAACACGACUGCCUGCAAAAAGAUGAACACAAAUAUACUUAUCCAAGUAGACCAGUAGUCCAAGUAGACUCGAGAAAAAAAUCUCAGUAGAUCAAUAGAUUUUCCUUGCAGUUACUAAAUCAUGAUGAUCAAAAUUGUCCAACUAUCCAAAGUGCAGAAUUAUGUGCAAUUACUCUCCUUUUAUGCAUAUUUCACCAAACAAUUUCAUACACAUUAAAUUAAAUAUAUUCCCGAUAAGAAACAAAAUUAGCACAUUGUGUGCAGGAUUCAUCGAUAUCAUCACAAUCCAAUUCCAUUCCAUAAUCAAUACAUAACUAUGAGCAAACCAGGUUUUGUAGACUACAUUGGUGCACAGAAACACAUUCCAAAAUAGAAAUAAGGAAAGGUGAAUACAAUGGAAGAAUACAACUGGUAUGAAUGUAUAGGGAGGCCUCAAAGCAAAACCUCUAUAACAAUAGGGUCAGUAUCUCCUGUAAAAUCUAACACGAAACCCAAACCGGCUGCGCGCGUGCAUCAUCGUGCGCCAUCGUGCGCCAUCGUGCAUACAUUUAUUUUGUCCCCCCACACCAAACGCAAUCACGACACGCAGGUUAAAAUAUCUGAACCAAUUAUAUUCAUUUGGGGACAGGUUGAAAAGCAUAAAAAAUGUAUUGAAAUUUAGUUAGUUAGCUUGCACUUGCUAGCUAAUCUGUCCUAUUUAGCUAGCUUGCUGUUGCUAGCUAAUUUGUCCUGGGAUAUAAACAUUGAGUUGUUAUUUUACCUGAAAUGCACAAGGUCCUCUACUCCGCCAAUUAAUCCACACAUAAAAUGGUCAACCGAAUCGUUUCUAGUCAUCUCUCUUCCUUCCAGGCUUUUGCUUCUCUUUAUAUUGCGAUUGGCAACUUUCAUAAAUUAGGUGCAUUACCGCCACUGACCUCGUUCGUCUUUCAGUCACCCACGUGGGCAUAACCAAUGAGGAGAUGGCACGUGGGUACCUGCUUCUAUAAACCAAUGAGGAGAUGGGAGAGGCAGGACUUGCAGCGCGAUCUGCGUCAGAAAUAGAACUGAUUUCUAUUUUAGUCCUUGGCAACAAAGACGCUCAUAGGCGCAUGUGAGCAGUUUUUAUUUUGCAACGCUGUCUCAUGCGACCCGAGCGGUGUGGUCAGCCUGUAAGAUAUGCAAGUCAGGUACACCAGCAAAAAAAUUAUCUGAAGUUCUGUAAAUGUAUUUGAGCAUUUGAUCAUUGAUUUUCUGCUAUAGUUUGUUUCAACACCGAUUCAAAAAUUCCUUGUAUGCGAUUGAGAAAAACACAUUUUGGAGUGAAAUACGCAUCACAUUUUUUCACCUCUCCAACAGACAAUAGGUAAGGACAUUUGCCAAUGAAACUAGAGCUAGUCAAUUAAAUAUGAUUAUUUCACAACACAUACUAAAUCAGUCACAGGAUAAAUGCCUUCCCUUGAUAUGCCAUUUUCUAACCAGUCUGGACCCCAAAUGGCACUUAAUGAUCUUUGAUCUGAUAUUCAAAAGUAAACGGAGGGAAUGUCUGCUUUGUAAACAACCACUGCAAUUACACAAAUUUACCCCACAUGUCAAUGUCUCUUUUGGUUUCCUUGUUUGACAUGGUUUAUUGUGACUAAUGGCUGAUAUUUACAUUUUUGUUCAAACAUAGCAUUGGUUUCCCUUUUUAUAAAGUAAAUCCUAUACAGUCCUGGUCUCAGGGAAGACCAAAUAUUGAAGUGCAAACAUACAGCACAGUAACUCAUAUUUGCCAAUAUGUUACAUGAUAAAUAUCACAACUAAAACUGACUAAGCCUGUCAAUCAGUGGUCUGAUGAUACAGGUGUAAUGUUUCAUUUGGAAGUUAAUUUUUUAAAAUGUAUUUAACUAGGCAAGUCCUCUUUAGGAUCCGCCCCUUAAAAAAUUUUUUUUUUUGCCUAAAAUGACAUACCUAAAUCUAACUGCCUAUAGCUCAGGACCUGAAGCAAGGAUAUGCAUAUUCUUUAUACCAUUAGAAAGGAAACAUUUGGAAGUUUGUGGAAAUGUGAAAUGAAUAUAGGAGAAUAUAACGUAUUAGAUUUGGUAAAAGAUAUAUACAAUACAAAGAAAAAAACGUGUUCUUUUGUACUAUCAUCUAAGAAAGGCCAUAAUGUAUUAUUCCAGCUCAGGCGCAGUUUAGAUUUUGGGCAGUAGAUGACAGCAGUGUUUGUGCAAAGUUUUAUACUCAUCCAAUUAACCAUUGCAUUUCUGUUCAAAUGUGCCUAAUUGGUUUAUUAAUCACUUUUCAAGUUCAUAACUGUGCACUCUCCUCAAAUAAUA